GGGGAGAGAGAGAGAGCCAGAGAGCUGGGAAGAUAGACACAUACACACAGACACACUCACGCACACAUACACACACACGCACACGCACACUCAGACUCCCGGCGGUGGCGACAGCGGCUGCGACUCCUACAGCUGUGCACCCCCCGCCAGGCGGGCGGCGGCCCCGGCGGCGGCCCCGCGGAGACUGAAGGGCAGGCAGACUAGGAGCCUGAGCCAGGAGGCAAGAAGGAGCAGGGAGAGCUCCAGCCCCAGCCCGGGCCCCGGGCCCCCGGAGGAGGCAGCAGCCGCGGGGUGGGGGCCGCGCUCCGCUGGGAGCUCCAAGGUUGGAAGGGGGUGCUGGUGUGGGGGCAGGGUGGGGGGCAGCCACUGUCCCCUGAUCCCUCCACUGGCGGCGGCGUCAGCAGCAGCAGCAGCAGCAGAGGCAGCAGAGGCAGGCGCCACCAGCGAGGUGACACUGCGGUCCAUGGAAGGAGCUCCCCUGCGAGCUCCCAGCGGCUGCAGCGGCGGCGACAGCGGCGGCGGCAGCAUCUCUGCAGGUCCGGAAGCAGCAUCGCGAGGCCAAGUUAUGUUGGUGCAAAUGCCUUUGGUCAACCAGAAACAACCGGGAUUCUGGUAACAGCGAUGUAAACUCUCAUUCUGUGAAAACGCACGAAUCCCUUACAAUGGAGGAAUUAUACAAGGACACCCAAAACCUCCCCAUGGAUGUUACCAGCUCUCCUCCCUCCUUGGCCAAUAACAAACUGGAAAAUGGGGUGGCCCAGCUGAUCACUGCUGAGGCAUGGAAUAUCAACUCAACAGACUUGAUGAAAAAAGCACUUUCGCCACUGGUGACUGUUCCAGCCCCUUCCAUCCUGACCCCUCCAGCAGAAUCACAAAGCGGGGUAGCCCUGAAAGUCGCAGCAACUGUGCUUCAGCCAAUUUGCUUAGGGGACAGCCCAGUGGUCCUGCCAAUACAUUUGCAAGUCGCAGGAAGCACCACACCUCAGAUCAGUCCCAACAAUAAUACCCCCUAUGUCAUGACUACCCAAGGUCCAGUGCCGCUGCCUGUCCUCCUAGAGCAGCAUGUGUUCCAACAUUUAAAUUCUCCACUGGUCUUGCCUCAAAGUGCUCCCUGUCCCGCCAAUCCCAUUCACAACAAUCUUUUCCAAGGGGCUUCUGCCCCUGUGGGACAACCCCAGCUGCUAGAUCAGAAACCCCCCAGUCAACCCCAAGAACCUGUAUUACCCCCAGUAUUUCAGACACCUGGGUUUGCUGCUGUUCUUCAGGACUUGUUUCCUUCCCAGGGGACUCUAGGUUCAUCACCUUGUCAACCUCCUCCAGAUUAUGCUUCUGUCCCACCUCAACCUUUUAGCUCUCCACUAUCUCCUCUGGUCCCACCAGCCACUCUCCUGGUGCCAUAUCCUGUGAUUGUCCCCUUGCCAGUGCCAGUUCCCAUUCCCAUUCCCAUUCCUAUAGCUGUGCCCCAUAGUUCUGAAUCCAAACUCAGCCCCGACUUCCCCAAGCCACCCUCCUUCAGUAUGUAUUCCUGUAAAGGAACUCAAACCCCUCUUGAGAAGGAAGAGAUAAAACCCUUCAACUUUCUCCAGCAGCGGGAGUUUUCCCAACUCAGCCGCCACACAGUGAUCAAAAUGGGCAAUGAGAACGAGGCCCUGGACCUUUCCAUGAAGUCCAUGCCCUUGCUCAAAGCAAGCGAGGUCAGCCCCCCACCAUACCCUGAAGAUAGUGCACUAGACCUAUCCCUCUCUUCCUCCCGAAAGGCAGGAGGUUCUGGGCCUCUCCCAGAGGCAGUUGUGUGUCCCAGUUUAGCCAUGGACAGUCCAGCCCUUCCCUUGAUGGAGAAACUGUCGGGCACGGCUAUCCCUUUCACCCAGCCUAAGCCACAUGAAGCCUCCAUCAAAGACAGCCGCAAUGGCAGCAGCAGCAACUCGUCCGAGCUCCUGAGGCAACAGCAGAAGUGGCUGGUGGACCAGACCAGCCGCCCAGGCUGUGAGCCCAAGACUGGAAAUAACAUUGAGAUUGUAAGCACGUCACAGACGGCCAAAGUCAUCGUCUCUGUCAAGGAUGCAGUGCCCACAAUUUUUUGUGGCAAGAUCAAAGGCCUCUCAGGGGUGUCCACCAAAAACUUUUCCUUCAAGAGAGACCUUCCCCAGGAUUCUGUGCUGCAAUGCUAUGAUGUUAAGGGCCAGGCAGAGUCCAGGGAAAAUGCAGAAUCCCUUAGGAAACCCAUCAAAAACCGGAGUGUAAAGUUAAAGAAAAUGAACUCCCAGGAAAUACACAUUCUUCCAAUCAAAAAGCAACGGCUGGCUGCCUUUUUUCCAAGAAAGUAAAUUAUGGCUUUUUAAAAAAAAAUGAGAUUAUAAUAUUAUGGGGAAAGAUGCACUUGGUUUAAAAAAUGCAUUUAAAACUUAAACUAUCUUUGUAAGUUAUUUUUUGGGGGUAGUGGGGAGGUGGGAGGAAAGGAUCAGCUCUAGAUUCCCUGUAAGCUGAUUUGGCUUCUUUUUUUUUAAUUUUCAACUUUUCCUGAAAGAGUAAAUAAAAGCAACCUAUUUUUCCAGUGGAUUGCACAUUUUUGCAGCUUUAAUGGAAUAACGGAUGAGUCAGAGGGGGUAAAAGCUAUUUUCACUGCCAUAAAGUGCUUUGAUGAUGUAAUUCCUAAUAAUGGGUAGGAUGAAUAUUUCAAAAUAAAUGUUUGUAUGUGCUAAUUGGUUGCAGCAUUCUGUCAUUUGUAAGUUUGCUUUGAUU